AUGCCUACCGCUUUAAUUGGAACUGUGUUUGAGUCUCAUCUAAGGCUGGGUUUUUUUAAGAAGCUUAAUGGAAACUUUCUCAUUAUUUGUAGCGUAUUACACACCUCAAGACCGCUGCAUACAACUCAGCAGUGUUUGGCUCCUUUGCCACCUCUGCCUGAGAAAGGAGGAGAAGUACGUUAUGGUUUGAUCCCUGAGGAGUUUUUCCAGUUUCUCUAUCCUAAAACAGGAGUCACAGGGCCUUACAUGUUGGGAACUGGACUCGUGCUUUACCUUCUCUCUAAGGAAAUCUAUGUAAUUAACCAUGAGACAGUUGCAGCUGCCUGCAUAUUGUCAGUCAUCAUUUAUGGCGUAAAAAAAUAUGGCUCUGACGUAGCAGCUUUUGCAGACAAACUUAAUGAGGAGAAAGUUGCUAAAGCUUUAGCUGUGAAAAAUGAAGCUAUUAAAGAUCUUGAGACUGCCAUCGAACGGGAGAAGAAGGAGCAAUGGCGGGUUGAGGGCCGCAAUUACCUCUUUGACGCCAAGCGGAAUAACAUUGCUAUGUUGCUGGAAACUAAUUAUCGAGAAAGAUUACUGACAGUGUACAAUGAAGUAAAGAAAAGGCUGGACUAUCAAGUGGCUAUGCAGAAUUUAAAGCGUCAGAAAGAACAAGAUCACAUGAUUCACUGGGUGGAGAAAAAUGUUGUUCAGAGCAUCACACCUCAACAGCAGAAGGAGAGUAUCGCAAAGUGCAUUUUGGACCUGAAGGCAUUAUCGAAGAGUGCACAGGCAGCAGUGUAACCAUGUCUGAUUCCACUGACGUGUCUCGUUACUUACUGUUGGAAACUGUAUGAUUCUGAAGCAUCAUUAAACAAACAAACAAACCACUCUGCUGUCUUUCACUAGCAGUAGCAACAGUAAUUUCCUUUUUAUGUUUGAAGUAGCUAGAUUGGUCUUGUAAACCACUACAGUUAAUUUAAUCUGGGGGAUUAUUUGCAACUACAGUACGUAUGAUUCUGUUUGGUUCCUUCUUUGGUCCUGAACGCUUCCAGAGACAAGAUACAGAACUUCGCAGUGAAAAAUUCUGGUGCUAAUACAGUGAUCAGUUUUUGUUUUAGAAUUCUGUGUGAUAAUGACAUAUAGAUAUCUACCGUAACUGUAAACAUGUUCUAAAAUCAGAAUGAGAGCCGGUGCUUCCAUUCACCUAGUCCAAUACUUGGAGGUGCCCUGAGUUCAGUGUCCUCGUUCUAAAAAAGAACUGGAAAAACCACUUUCAUAACAAAGCUUCAAAUAGUAAUGAAAGCAUUAUUCUGCUCUCUAAAAAAGAGGAUGUAGCUGGCAGGAAGCGUACCAAAAGCUACCGGAAAACUUGGCUUCAACUGAACUCGCCAGUAUCACGUUUAAAACAGUGAAAUGGAUAAGUUUAUUCUAGAGGGUGGUGGGUUUUUUGCUAGACUUUCAUAGAAAAAAAAAGUUGCUUUUUCCUUUUUUGUGUAAGAAGGAAAAUGGUUUUAUGUGUAUUAUGAUAAUACACAGUAUAAGCAUUUUCAUUUUUUUUAUAGGAAACUUUUUCCCUGAAGGAUUUUGUUAUAUCUCAAAUGUCCCAGCUGAGCAAAGCACUUGCCUAUGUGUAAUCUCAUCCUUUCUGUGUUGGGAAGUGAUUUAUUUAGUACAUAAACUUAAGUAAGC